GUAAACACUCAAGACUUCAGAGGUAUUGUUCGGGAAGAUGCUGUUUUGUAUCUCCUAGAAAUUCCCAAAGGUGAAAUAGUGACAAUUUUGGCUCAAAGCAAAUAUGAAGUCUACAGAGACAUCAUGGCCUGUGGCAGAGGAGAUUCAUUCUUCAUCAGGAGUCACUUCGAGUGUGAAAAAGAAUCACCACAGAGCUUAGCAUUCACCAGAGGGGAGAUCUUUAGAGUAGUUGAUACGCUGUAUGAUGGCAAACUGGGAAACUGGCUGGCUGUGAGAAUUGGAAAUGAACUGGAAAAGGGCCUUAUUCCAAAUAAGAGCAGAGCUGAACAGAUGGCCAGUGUUCAAAAUUCCCAAAAAGAUGGCUCCAGUGAUAGAGCAGACUUCUGGAGAACACGUGGCCAGCGAAUUGUGUCUGUGAGCACAAAGUUCCCAGCUUAUGAGCGAGUUCAGUUGCGUGAAGCUGGUUUUAAGAGACCUGUGGUGAUAUUUGGCCCUAUUGCAGACGUUGCUAUGGAGAAGUUGUCAAAUGAUUUGCCUUACCUGUACCAGACAGCAAAGACAGAACCACGAGAUGCAGGUUCAGAGAAGUCAACUGGGGUCGUGCGCUUGAACACUGUGAAGCAAAUCAUUGAGCAGGAUAAACAUGCUCUGUUGGAUGUCACUCCUAAAGCAGUGGACCUCCUAAAUUACACCCAGUGGUUUCCAAUUGUGGUCUUCUUUAACCCAGACAGCAGGCAGGGUGUGAAGACCAUGAGACAAAGGCUAUGUUCUACAUCAAACAAGAGCUCUAGAAAGCUUUAUGAGCAAGCAAACAAACUGAAGAAAACUUGUUCCCACCUCUUUACAGCAACCAUCAAUUUGAAUUCAGCCAACGACAGCUGGUAUGGUAGUCUGAAAGAUACAAUUCAGCAACAGCAAGGAGAGGCAGUAUGGGUAUCAGAAGGAAAGAUGGAUGGCAUGGAAGAUGAUGCAGAUGAUCGUAUGUCUUACCUUACUGCAAUGGGUGCUGACUAUCUGAGCUGUGACAGUCGGCUGAUCAGUGACCUAGAGGACACAGAUGGAGAAGGAGGUGCAUACACUGACAAUGAACUUGAUGAGCCCUUAGAGGAACCAAGGAUUUCAUCUGUCAGCCGGUCCUCUGAACCUGUGCAUCAUGAGGAGAGUUUAAAAAAAAUUACUCCAGAGCCAAGGGCUCAGUUGAGAAAAGCUGGUAGCCGGGAGAUCCUUAGAGAACCAAGUCCACCUCCAGCAUUCAAGCCUGAACCACCUAAGGGAAAGUUACAAAGCAAAGAGGAGCUAUAUGACUUCCCCAAGAAUUAUGACUCCAAAUCAAGUAAUGUUGCUGUCAGCAGUGAGACUUCAACUGUAUCAGCUAAAGCAUCACCACCACCUGUUUCUGUGAAACCUGUCUUUGGGCGUCCCAUCCUGAGAAACUCUCAGCCAGCGGUUCCGCCUGCUGAGGAAGAGGAGGAGACAAAGUUGGAAGAGGAAGGAAGCGAACAAGAAAAUACUCCAAAAUCAGUAUUGAGGAAAGUGAAAAUAUUUGAGGAGAUGGAUCAUAAGGCAAGGAUGCAAAGAAUGCAAGAGCUGCAAGAGGCCCAGAAUGCCAGGCUUGAAAUAGCCCAGAAGCAUCCGGAUAUUUAUGCUGUCCCUGUCAAAACACAGAAGUCAGAACAGAACUGGCCCCAGCCGAUGAGCUCCAGACCUCCAGAACCCCAGAAACCUCCUGUUAGACCUUACCUAGAGAAUCGUUGCAGUUACGGCAGUGAUGUGGAGGAGGAGGAGGAGGAGUACCGUCGGCAGCUGGCAGACCACUCAAAGAAGGGGUAUUAUGGACAGCCAUCCAGAUACAGAGACACAGAAUUGUAG